UGUUCAUCCUCUUGUUCAAGUGGAUUGAGUGAGUGAUUAUAACUACGACGCAUUUGAAUACCUGCCACGUACAAGAGUAAAAUAUGUAUGUGCAUGCAUAUCACUGGAAAUUAAUCAGCUAGCAAAUUCAUUCCUAUAAAAUACGUGUUUCACUAAACGAAAUUAAUUUUGGUUUCAUCCGAUUAAAUGGAAAACUUUAAGUUAAGGAACUGUUUCAAGAAAGUGGUGCCAAUUGUAGCUGAUGAGCUGUCAGAGGAUUUUCGCUUUGACGAGAACGGUUCACAGCUAUCAAAACUGUUCAAUAUUGAUCCAACGUAUUGUUUGAUUUUCAAACAGCAAAAAGAUGCAAAACUGCGAAUUAUAAAGAUUGUCAUUACUGGAUAACGAUGAAUGAUGGAAAUCCAACAUUAAGGGACUUGUUAACCAUACUGGAAAGUAGUGGAAUGUCGACGGCUAAGGAGAAUGUUUUGAGAAAGACCUCCAUCUCGCGUCCUGAAUUUCUGGAUUAUGAAGAACCUGACCACAUUCCUCGCCCUGCAGAAAUGUUAGCAGCAUCAGAAAUCUUUUAUGAUAAUCAGAGUCUUCUAGUUUAUGGUGAAAUUGGUGUCGGAAAGACGUAUUUUGUAAAACGGCUGCUUAACAUUUACUUGGAUGUCAUGCCAGAUAGUCCUAGGAAGAUAACCUUAUGGAUAGAUUUUAACAAUUUUUCAAGCUCCUUGCUUGAAAUUUGUACAAAAUUGGGAAUUUCAUGUGAAGGAAGACGAACGUAUGAUUUAGUGAUUACACUUAUUAAUAGUCAACCAGAUUUCGUAGUUUUGGACGGGUUCAGUUUGGCGCAUAAAGCUUGUGGAAAAUACUUCGCUUAUUGUCAGAAGUUCCAGAAAGAAUAUUAUUACAAAUUAAUUGUAAUAACAGAAGAUAAAGAAGAAUGUGCAGAUUUUGAUUUGGCGAUACAAAUUGAACCAUUCGAUGCUGAUCAAGCCUUGAAAUUUGUUCCACAAGCUAGCACCUUUCCUCACGAAAUAAUUGAAUACUGUGAUGGCAAUGCAGCCCUCUUGAACAUAUUCAGAAGAUUGGUCCAUGAUGGUAAACUAAAUGAAUCGGACAGAAUGUGGAUGACCCAGAACUUUAAAACUCACUUGCGUACCUCAGAACUAAUAAAUGACGUAAAUCCAAAUUUUCAAGAGGUGUACAGCCCACAGAGCCCAGCCAAAAUUUUAAGCAGGUUGGUCGCUCUUGGAGCAAAACAUGUCUCCCCAAUCUUCAAGCAAGAACUGGAGGGUUAUAUAAGACUAAAAUGUCCCCCUGGAAACGCGGAACUGGAACACAAAAUUCAAACUUCAGAUAUAUCCAGGUCAAUGCCACCUCCACCACCUCCACUUCCAGCAGUGAUCCCCAACACAGAAGCUGAUGAAGGCUAUGAAGGUGAAGAGUCAAACGGUACGAUCGUAAAGAAAUCCUCACUCUUCGCAGAGCUGCAAAGAAAAAUUGCUGCAAAAUCUAUGAGUCAAGACAUUGAACAAAAAAUAAUCCCAAGUUCUCUCAAGGAGAAAAGCCCUUUGCUUCUGGAUGCUAAACUGCAACAAUUUCUGGAAAAACAAAAAGCCAAGGAGGACAGUUCACAUGCUCCAGUAGAUAUUGAUAAGUUAAAAGCUUCAAAACCCCAUGAUGACGACAAACAAAUAUCAAGUUUUGGAAUACAUAAUUUAAGGAAAACAGAUAACACCAAAAACUAAUCCCAAAAAACGGUGACGUUGAAAAUGAAACUAAAAAUACCAAGACAAUCUUGAGAGUGUCUGAAAAACCAAAAGUUCCAUACAGAAAGGAUAUGGACAAUAUUGACCAGACUUGAUGGCCAAGCUUCUCAAAAGAUGAUGGGAUAUUGGGUCGGGAAAAGUAAAGACAAACAUGUAAACAUGUGUAUGUACAUAUAUAAAACUAAAUUCAGAGCAGUAAAUAUAUUUAGUGACGACACUUGUAUACUUGUA